CUUGGUAAUGUUUGCUGUUCUGUCUGCUUCCAGGAAUGAGUCUGUGACAAGUGUCUUUGCAGCUUAGGGUGUGUUCAUUCUGUCUGCUCCAGCUGUGUCUAUCGUCUCAGCAACAGCAGACAAGCACCACUCUUUCAAGCCUACCCCACACAGUCAGGAUGGCAGGGGAGUGUGUUCCCUGUGAGGGUCCAGACCUGAAGAACAUGGGCGAGGAGGAACUGUGGGAACUGAUUAACGACAACCGCCACCGGAUCUCCUUAGGGGUGCGGCCAUGCAUCGUGAUCCCGUACCUGAGGCAGGCCAGGGUGCUCACGGAGAUGGAUGAAGACGAGAUUGUCAGCUGCCACAACCUCACCAACCGUUGCAUGAGAACCAGCUACAUGUUGGAUCUACUGAGGACUCAGGGGAGGAAUGGUGCCGUAGCUUUGCUGGAGAGCUUGAUGAUCCACUACCCCACACUGUACACCCAAGUCACUGGACGCAAACCCAGCACUGAGCCUUCAAGAUUCAGCGGCUUGAUAAAGUACUCAGAACUGACAGAGUAUCUGGUCAGAGCGGUAACAGGGAUGCAGAGGGAGCUCCAGGAGGCGCAUCGUGAGGCUAGCAGAAUGACUGCACGCUGCGCCUCGCUGGAGUCAGAGAUUGGGCAGAUAAUGGAACAGGAGGAGAAGUCGAGAUCCCUUCAGGCUGACAACGAACACAUGCGGAGACAUUUGUGUUCUUUGCAACGUGAAGUCACCAAGCUGAAGGAUGAGAAGUGUGACUUGUAUGUGCGCUACACAGCAGCCAUUGAGGAGAAAUCCGCUGUGAAUAAGCGCCUCCAUGACCUCAACUUGCAGGUGUACCAGCUGCAAACUGAGCUGCAGAAAGCCCAAAUGGAGAAUGAGUUCCAGAGGCAGCGCUCGUUUAGAUGUGCAUCUCUUGCCGAGACACCGCAGCUGCAAGAAGAAGUCCGGAGACUGCGCUGCCAGCUGGUGAAAGCAGAAAAAUUGGACCCAGCUCGUCAGGACAUCCUGGCCCAGGACCUGGCUGAGGCUAUAGACAGCCAGGUGGAGCUAGCGGAGCAGCUCAGGUGUUACAGAGAAGAGAAUGAACAGCUUCUCAGUGAGAAACAAGGGCUCAUGGAUCAGAAGGAGUGCCUGAGCCUCCAGGUGCAGCAGCUAACCCUGGACUGUAACAUGCACAAGCAGAAGAUUACCAUGAUCCACAAUCAGCUGAGAGAGCUGCAGGCAGAGAGAGAUAAGGCGUACCUGUCCAGAGACGAGGCGCAGGCCAUGAUUGCACAAACCCUGGCUGAGAAGGAUGCCCUGAGGUGCCAGCUGAUGGAGCUCCAGGAAAGGGUCUUCAGCCUGCGAGCCAAACACAGCUCCACAGCACAACAGCAGAGCUCUGAUGAGACGGAGGUCAGCUGGGAGAGCCCGAACUCCAGUUGUGAAGAAUCUCCAUUCUCAAACAGACGCAGACUUUGCCGCAUGGAUGCACUUAAUCCCAUGUCACUGAGUUCCUUCAAUUUAGAGAGUGAAGAUGCUGCAGCAAGUAGCGUCCGAUCCCGAAAUGCAGAGCCACCCAGUUCAGACUCCCUCCGCAGAAGGGAGGAAGCACUACAUGCAGACAGCAGUUCGGAAACAGCAGAGACUGAUUCUUUACAUGACGACUUUGUGUUCCUGCCUAAUGUGGGGAGUGAAGACAUGCAGACACCCAGGCUAUGCUCUUCUAGUGACUCCAGCUCUAUCGGCCUGUCAAGAACCUCAGCCCCUCCUUUCCUGAUGCGUUCCCGUCCAAAAGCUAUUCGCAUCAAUGGCCGUGUUCUUAGCAUCUCCUUCCAGGGGGGGGCACUUCUCAGCCAGCUGGCAGUGGUGGGGGGAAAUAAGACAGGAGUGUUUGUGCACCAGGUGACAGAAGGGAGCACUGCACAUACUGUUGGCAUUAGCCCAGGGGCACAGAUAGUGGAGGUAAAGUAUGAGCAGAACCAGAAGGCUCUGAGGAUGGUGCUGGAGGAUUCCACUUUAGAGGAAGCUAUGUGGGCUCUGGGCCAGGUUACAGGCCUCUGCCACCUCUCCCUGCGCCCCAGGCAAGAUGAUUAUGAGGCACUGCUUCAACAGCUGCAGAGCAGUGAGAUAUCAUCAGGAGAUUCUUUCUACGUACGUGUCAAUAUGUCUCUGCCUGCCGGCCCCAACGGGACCCUGGCUGUGUCCUGCAACGACAUCCUGCAUGUGACCAACACGCGACCCGCUGGCACUGAGGACUCGUGGCACGCCAGCCAAGUUCACCCGUGUCAGCUACUGGACCUCCAGAGCGGAACCUUACCCAACUAUUACAGGGCACAGCGACUUCUGAUUCGAGCAAUUGAGGACAUGAGCUUUCAAACAAAGAAGUCUCUCAAGGCUGGGCGAGUGGUGGCCCAGAAUAAACAGAAUGCAGUGAGGAUUGUGAGCACCGGGCGUCAGGGCAGGAACCCACUGUGGGUCAGCGUGGAGGAUGAAAAGACCAAGAGCACAGACUCAAGUGAUACAUCUGCACCCAAAAGUUGUGUAACCCUCAUGCCCUACACCCUGGUCACCCCCCACUACCCACCCAUCUGCAGACCCAUCCUGCUGCUGCCCACCGUCCUGGGACGCAUUCUGGACAAGAAGCUGGCAGGGUGGCAGGGCUUUCAGCUCUGUGAACCUGAGGUCCUGAGCUCCUGUGAACACGCAACCCGGCUACAGAGGUCUGAGAUCCUGGAGGAGUGUGAGCAAGGGAGAAACUGCUGCUACACUCUGCAGAGUGUCGAGAAAGUCAUGAAGAAGGGGAUUCACUGUGUGCUGCCGUUGGGCCUGGACUGUGUGCGACGGCUGCACCGGGCCGCGAUCUUUCCCAUCAUCAUCUUUAUCAGCCAGACUGCAAGGAGUGCACGUAAACUGAGGUCAAAGCUGCAGCGCCACGGCCAGUCAGAGGAGCAACUGCUGGCAUGUUCAAAGAGUGAGGAGCCGCUGCUGGACAAGCUGCCGUGCCUGUAUCACAGUGUCGCUUCAGACUCCUGGUGUGACCAGACCUCCUUGCUCACCAGCUUGCGCACCAUUAUCUGGGAGGAGCAGAAGAAGAUCGUCUGGGUGGAGCCUGACUUGUGGUGAAAGAGAGAGUAGGAAAGAAAACAGAAAAUAUAAAAAUAAUAGGAAGCAUUUCUCAAAGGGCUAUUUUGUUAAGAUGAUAAAGAAUUGAGAAUAUGAUAGACAAACUUUACAAGAGAUAUUUUUAUAAAUGUGAGUAUGUAUCUAUGAUACUUAUGAGUAACUGUGAGUGAAGGACUUCAUGAUGAUGCAAUAAAAUGCAUUUUAAAAGUGUAUUAAGCUGUAUCAUUAUUUACUUUACCCAAAACAUUUUCGAUGAUUUAGUUGCCUCCUGUUUUGAGGCUUUUGUUUAAAACAAACCCAGGUAUGAAGUGUUUGCUACAAACACAAACACUGAUAAAACAUACUGUGAUGAUUUGUAUGUACUGUAUCUCUACAAUAUGUUGUAGAUAAUUUCCCACUAUGAGGGAUUUUCUUUUAUUGCCAGUGUUUCAUUGGGAUGCUACAGCUUGUUGAGUUAUUUGACUUUUAAUUUUGAUUCAUUACUAUGAGAUGAGAUUCAUGUUAGGAGAAAAAACAUCAGUCACCAUUUCUGUUCUUUAACAAUAGGUUCACAAGAUUUUAGAAUGAUCCUCAAGUGCAUGUGAUUGAGGGUCUACAUCAUGAGAGAUCUGUAUCUUGUUUGUUUGGAUCAUGACGGAUGUUACUUAAAUUCUUCUUUUACUGGGCUCCUCUCCCUCUCUCACUCUCUCCCUCUCCCUCUCUGCUCUUAUUCGUCACUCUGUCCUUUUCUUCUUCUUCAUGGUGCUGCCAUGCAUCCAUAAGCGUUAAGUCUUAGGAUUUAACUGUCAGCUUGUACGAAACUUGACAGAACAUCCCUAUGAAUUUCUGUGAAUUUUGUUGUCAGAUUCUGUAAUGGAGUUAGGCUCUGCUGGGUCUCACUGUCAACAUAAUAAAAAUUUAAAUAUUUGAUGGUUUAUGUUCAGGUUUGAAGAUCAUCGUUUUCAUAU